AUGAAAUCAAAUGCUGAAACUUCAAUUGCAUCUGUCCAAGUAAAUGAAUCCAAUAAAUUGUAUUCAAUGCAAAAAGAGUUUGAAGAAAACAUACUUCCAUUCCUCUCUGCCACUCAAAAGGCAGCUCUCAUUGAAAUAGAUGGCCUCGCCAAAUCAGUCUCAUGGUUCAAAGUGGGGACAGAUGAAUCCUACCUGACGACUACACUUAUAACACAAUUUGACGUGUUUAUUCAUGUUCUCACCACCGGAGGAAUCCGCAUUCCUGUCCACCCCAGCAUCCUGGCAUCGGCGUCUUCUGUGCUGAAGAACAUCAUAGAUCAUCGGCAGAAUAAGAAUUCUGAUAAUAAUAGAACAAUUCAGAUAUUAGGCGUUCCUACCGAAGCCGUCGCCAUCUUCGUUCGAUUUCUCUAUUCCUCCAGAUGCACAGAAGAAGAGAUGGACAUGUAUGGAUUUCACCUGCUGACACUGUCUCAUGUGUUCUCCGUUCAACUGCUGAAGCAACGAUGUGCGAAAGCACUGAUUCAACGGCUUAAGAUCUACGACGCCAUCGAUACGCUUCAGCUGGCGAGGCUCUGUGAUGCAUCCGAGCUUUACUUCCGCACCAUGAAACUUGUAUCAGCCAACAUAAAGUUUGUUCAGAAAACAGAGGGAUGGAAGUUCCUCCAGGAGAAUGAUCCUUGCCUGGAGCUUGAGAUUCUCCAGUUCAUAGACGAAAUUGAAUCGAGGAGGAAAAUGAGAAGAAAGCGUAGGGAGGAGAAGAGGCUGUGUUUACAGCUAAGCGAAGCAAUGGAGUGUUUAGAGCACAUCUGCACAGAAGGAUGUACAAACAUAGGCCCUUACGACAUAGAGUCGCCGGGGAAGAAGAAGAAGGUUCCAUGUCAGAAGUUCGCAACCUACCCAGGCUUGCAGCUCCUGUUACGCCAUUUCUCAACGUGCAAGAGGAGAGUUAACAGCGGUUGUUACCGAUGCAAGCGAAUGUGGCAGCUGCUUCAACUCCACUCUUCCAUCUGCGAUAAUCCUGAUCUUUGUAAAGUCCCUCUUUGCAGGUAUUGUUGGGGGAUUCGAUUUUGA